AUGGGAAAUGGAGGAAGGUUUACCCCCAACGAUGGCAUUGAUAUGCGAACUAUUUCUUUUGGACAUGAAUCUUCGAGCCCUCAGAACUCGGCUGCUCAUUACGGGUCCUCCGAUGCGGCGGAGGCUUCCCGACAUGGAAAGUUACAAGUCUUGUCUGGUGAAGGAGCCGAACACUCGUCAAGCAAGAAGCAGAAGCUAGAUCAUAUCAAAGUUGAAACUUUGAACGGACAAACGUCGGAUCUUGACAGAAUACUAGCAAAGCUUUCUCCCAAGAUGAUUCCGCCCACACGUUCUGACAUCGAUCGUUCCUCUGCGUCAUCCCAGAACACACCAGCUACAACACUGCCAGCUUCAACCCUCCCCGAAGGUACUAAUUCAUACACACAGGAAGACAGAGCGGUAGAACUACUUCGUCUCAAACAGGAGCUAAUCGCUGCAAAUUCCAAGAUUGCUUUACAGGAGCAAGAGCUUGCUCAGACACGUGUGAUAAAACAUACGUUGGAUCAAACCAUUGGGCCUUCAUCUGAGAGUGAUUUCGGCAGCCGUGAGAUCACGGAGCAAACAAUCAGCCAUUUGCAGAAUGCUUUUAACGCAUCUAGUUCUGCAUUUGGUCACUUUCAAGAUGCCUGGGGUGGCCAAGAUGAUUCGCAAUCUGACAUUUCGGACCCAUUGUCUACAGGACCCUACAACAGAUCUCGCGGGCUCUGGGUCCAGAACGAGCCUGUGAUUGAAAGGGAAUACGGAGAGAGCCUUUCAGGCACCAGCAGCUCUGCAAGCCAGGACCCAAAUCGGUUUUGGGGAGCCUCAAAUGUUUAUCCCCCCUUUGGCGGCCCAUCGUCUUUGCAAUCCCAAAGAGUACACUCGGGAUCUUCGACUGGUCCAUGUGGAUUUUACACUCGUCCCAUUGGUGAACAGAUGGCGUAUCCACCAGGAUCAGUUCCUGGGUCUCGUCGCUCCAUUCCUCAGAGUAGUAGAGGUGGAUCUCUAUUCCCAAUCCAAUCGACUCCUUGGGGUGAAUUUGUUUCUGGGUCGUCCAACGAGCCGACUCCUAAGUCCCCUACUUCGCCAGAGAAGCGGCCGCCAAGUACCUUCCAACAGGUUGGGCUUUACUCUGUGCCCUCUUACCUUCCUCGACCAAUUGGCAGUCCCCUUUCGCCUACUGCUACUGAGUUUACAGGCGCCAAUACGAAUGAGAGCACAUGGACCAACUCGAUGAGCGGCAAUUCCAUCCAAACGUACGUGUCACCGCUCGAACCGCUUAACUAUCGACGUCUCCUGGACAAAAAUGUGUCGUGUGAUUGGAAGUACAUUGUAGAUAAGAUCAUCUGCAACAACGACCAACAAGCUUCAAUUUUCUUACAGCAAAAGCUCAAGGUCGGCACAGCCGAGCAAAAAUACGACAUUAUCGAGUCAAUUGUGCAUCAAGCCUAUCCCCUCAUGGUCAAUCGCUUUGGAAACUUCCUUAUACAGCGUUGUUUUGAACAUGGAACGUCAGAGCAAGUUGUCGCCAUCGCCGAUGCAAUCAGAGGGAACACACUGACUCUCAGCAUGGAUGCAUUUGGUUGCCAUGUCAUUCAAAAGGCGUUUGACUGUGUUUCAGAGGAACAUAAGGCUAUCAUGGUACAUGAGCUUCUCCGCAGAAUUCCUGAGACAGUGGUUCAUCGAUAUGCGUGUCAUGUUUGGCAAAAACUCUUUGAACUCCGAUGGAGUGGCGAGCCUCCCCAAGUGAUGACCAAAGUAAACGAGGCACUACGUGGAAUGUGGCAUGAAGUUGCUCUUGGAGAGACAGGAAGUCUGGUCGUCCAAAACAUCUUUGAAAAUUGUGUCGAGGAGGAAAAGCGACCAGCAAUCGAAGAAGUACUAGCGAAGAUCGAUGUGCUCGCCCAUGGUCAAUUUGGGAACUGGUGCAUCCAGCACAUUUGCGAGCAUGGCGCUCCCCAUGAUAAGAGCCGUGCUGUCGAGCAUGUUAUUCGAUGGGCUGUGGAUUACAGCAUGGAUCAGUUUGCGUCUAAGAUUGUGGAGAAGUGCCUCAAGAUUGGUGGUACCGAGUUCAUGGACCAUUAUCUCUCUCGAGUCUGCACGGGUCGUUCUGACCGACCCCGUAUGCCGUUGAUCGAUAUAGCGGGGGACCAGUAUGGGAACUAUCUUAUACAAUGGAUUCUGAUGAAUGCUGCGUCUCAUCAGCGAGAACUUGUGGCCACUCACAUUCGGAAACAUAUGGUCUCCCUUCGUGGUUCUAAAUUCGGCUCUCGUGUGGCCAUGCUUUGUUGUAACCCGUCUCAUGCUACACGUCCUGGCCCGGGGGCUGGGAUGCAAAUCGGCCGUUUCAACAAUUUCAAUGAAGAAAAAUACACCACUGCGAGCCAAUCCAGUGGUCGUUUUGGGCGCGGACAUCAAUGGGGUCCCAAUUAUGCGCCACUCCAUUGA